UCAAAUCUCCCCCCUUCCUCUCCACACAAAACCAUUCACAUUCUACACACCAAACUCUAUACAUAUUGCUCAUCCCUUGGCUUCCAAGUUUUAGUGGAAGAGGGAAGGGUAGGAGAAACCCUUCAAAGCAGAACACUUCAUUGUCUCCUCUUAGUUCUCCAUUGUCCAUUCCAUUAGUCUAUUACCAGCCAAUUCAUAAUGUCAUCUUUGGUGUCUACUCCAUUUGCUCCACCCAAUUCAACAAGAACAGAGCACUUAUCCUCUGUCUCUCAGAAGCACAUCUUUCUUCAUUCCUUCCUUCCCAGAAAGCCGAGCCACUCUGCUCGCAAUGGCUUCCGAGUGCGGUGCACCGCCAUCGGCAACGGGCUAUUCACCCAGACGAAGCCCGAGGUCCGCCGCAUCCUCCCUGACGCCAGUCCAGGCCUCCCAAAGGUCAAGGUGGUCUAUGUCGUCCUCGAGGCUCAGUACCAAUCCUCGGUCUCGGCUGCGGUGAGGUCCCUCAAUGCCGAUCGCCGGCAUGCCUCCUUCGAGGUGGUGGGCUACUUGGUGGAGGAAUUACGCGACGAGAGCACGUACCAGACCUUCCGCAAGGAUUUGGAAGAUGCUAAUAUAUUCAUUGGCUCCCUCAUCUUCGUCGAGGAGCUUGCGCAGAAGGUGAAGGUGGCGGUGGAGAAGGAAAGGGAUCGAAUGGAUGCUGUUCUUGUCUUCCCAUCCAUGCCAGAGGUGAUGAGGCUCAAUAAGCUUGGCUCGUUCAGCAUGUCGCAGCUCGGGCAAUCGAAGAGCCCGUUCUUCCAACUGUUCAAGAGGAAGAAGCAGUCGGCUGGGUUCGCCGAGAGCAUGCUGAAGCUGGUUAGAACUCUGCCCAAAGUCCUCAAGUACCUGCCUAGUGACAAAGCUCAGGAUGCCCGGCUUUAUAUCCUAAGUCUGCAAUUCUGGCUCGGAGGAUCUCCGGAAAACCUUCAGAAUUUUCUGAAGAUGAUCACCGGGUCAUAUGUUCCGGCGCUCAAGGCGACCAAGAUCGACUACGCCGAUCCUGUCCUGUUCUUGGACAGUGGAAUAUGGCAUCCACUAGCUCCUUGCAUGUAUGACGACGCGAAGGAGUACUUGAACUGGUAUGGGACCAGGAGGGAUGCUAAUGAGAAGCUGAAGGACCCCAAUUCUCCGGUUAUCGGAUUGGUGUUGCAGAGGAGCCAUAUAGUUACCGGCGAUGAUGGCCACUAUGUUGCUGUGAUCAUGGAACUGGAGGCGAGAGGGGCGAAGGUGAUACCGAUCUUCUCAGGUGGGCUCGACUUCUCAGGGCCUGCAGAGAGGUUCUUGGUUGAUCCAAUCAGUAACAAGCCAUUCGUCCAUGCGGUCGUGUCGCUGACCGGAUUCGCACUUGUCGGUGGUCCGGCGAGGCAGGACCAUCCGAGGGCGAUCGAGGCAUUGAGGAAGCUUGAUGUUCCUUACAUUGUAGCAUUGCCUUUGGUGUUCCAGACCACUGAGGAGUGGCUGAUCAGUAGCUUGGGAUUACAUCCUAUUCAGGUGGCUCUGCAGGUGGCCCUCCCGGAGCUUGAUGGUGGAAUGGAGCCCAUUGUGUUCUCAGGCCGGGAUGCAAGAACAGGGAAAUCACAUGCGCUGCAUAAGAGAGUGGAGCAGCUUUGCACCAGAGCAAUCAGAUGGGCAGAACUGAAGAGGAAAUCCAAGGAGGAGAAGAAGGUGGCCAUUACAGUCUUCAGUUUCCCACCAGACAAAGGCAAUGUGGGGACAGCAGCCUACCUCAAUGUCUUUUCCUCCAUCUUCUCCGUCCUCCGUGGCCUCAAGAAAGAUGGCUACGAUGUGGAUGGCCUUCCUGAUACCCCUGAAGCCCUCAUCGAAGACGUCAUCCACGACAAAGAGGCCAAGUUCAGCAGCCCCAACCUCAAUGUUGCCUACAGGAUGAGUGUUCGAGAAUACCAAGCCCUCACUCCCUAUGCUUCAGCCUUAGAGGAGAACUGGGGCAAACCCCCUGGCAACCUCAAUUCCGACGGCGAACACCUCCUGGUCUAUGGGAAGCAAUACGGCAAUGUCUUCAUUGGAGUGCAGCCCACAUUCGGAUACGAGGGUGAUCCGAUGCGUCUGCUCUUCUCCAAGUCAGCUAGUCCUCACCAUGGCUUUGCGGCCUACUAUUCCUUUGUCGAAAAGAUCUUCGAAGCUGAUGCUGUUCUCCAUUUCGGCACCCAUGGAUCUCUGGAAUUCAUGCCAGGGAAGCAGGUCGGCAUGAGCGAUGUGUGCUAUCCUGACAGUCUCAUUGGCAACAUUCCAAACAUAUACUAUUAUGCGGCGAACAAUCCAUCGGAGGCCACCAUUGCCAAGCGCCGGAGCUAUGCAAACACCAUCAGCUACCUCACACCGCCGGCCGAGAAUGCCGGUCUCUACAAGGGCCUCAAGCAACUUGCUGAACUAAUCUCAUCCUACCAGUCCCUCAAGGACACAGGGCGUGGCGUGCAGAUUGUGAGCUCCAUCAUCAGCACUGCGAAGCAAUGCAACCUUGACAAAGAUGUCAGCUUGCCAGAAGAAGGGGUGGAGCUCUCAGCCAAAGAAAGGGAUCUUGUGGUUGGAAAGGUCUACUCCAAGAUUAUGGAGAUAGAGUCUCGCCUACUGCCAUGUGGGCUUCAUGUGAUUGGCGAGCCUCCUUCGGCCAUGGAGGCGGUGGCGACGUUGGUGAACAUUGCAGCACUGGACCGCCCUGAGGAUGGCAUAUACUCACUUCCUGGAAUACUGGCUGAGACUGUUGGAAGGGACAUUGAAGAUGUGUACAGAGGGAGUGACAAGGGGAUACUGGCUGAUGUCGAGCUCCUCCGCCAGAUAACGGAGGCGUCGCGUGGUGCGAUCACCACCUUCGUGGAUCGGACUACAAACAAGAAAGGGCAGGUGGUUGAUGUAGCUGAGAAGUUAAGCUCCAUGCUUGGCUUUGGCCUGGAGCCAUGGGUGCAAUACCUUUCCAAGACCAAGUUCUUAAGGGCGGACAGGGAGAAGCUCAGGACCUUGUUCGAGUUCUUAGGAGAGUGUUUGAAGCUUGUUGUUGCUGACAACGAAUUGGCCAGUCUGAAACUAGCACUUGAAGGCAGCUACGUGGAGCCAGGUCCCGGCGGAGACCCAAUUCGGAACCCGAAGGUGCUUCCCACCGGCAAGAACAUCCAUGCGCUCGACCCGCAGGCCAUUCCGACGGCGGCAGCAAUGCAGAGUGCCAAAGUGGUGGUGGAUCGGUUAAUUGAGAGGCAGAAGGCCGACAAUGGAAAAAAAUAUCCUGAGACAGUCGCCCUUGUCCUGUGGGGCACUGAUAACAUCAAGACUUAUGGAGAGUCCCUGGCUCAGGUGCUGUGGAUGAUCGGCGUGAGACCGGUCGCCGACACAUUUGGCCGUGUCAACCGUGUAGAGCCCGUCAGCCUCGAAGAGCUCGGCCGGCCUAGGAUCGAUGUUGUCGUCAAUUGCUCCGGUGUCUUCAGAGACCUCUUCAUCAACCAGAUGAACCUACUGGACCGGGCGGUGAAGAUGGUGGCAGAGCUGGACGAGCCAGAGGACCAAAACUACGUCCGGAAGCACGCAAUGCAGCAGGCGCAGGAACUGGGCGUGCCGGUGCGCGAGGCGGCGACGCGCGUCUUCUCGAACGCCUCCGGCUCGUACUCCUCCAACGUGAACCUGGCGGUCGAGAACUCGUCGUGGAACGACGAGAAGCAGCUCCAGGACAUGUACGUGAGCCGCAAGUCCUUCGCGUUCGACUGCGACGCGCCAGGGGCGGGCAUGACGGAGAAGCGCAAGGUGUUCGAGAUGGUGCUCGGCACGGCGGACGCCACGUUCCAGAACCUGGACUCGUCGGAGAUAUCGCUGACCGAUGUGAGCCACUACUUCGACUCGGACCCGACCAAUUUGGUGCAGUCGCUGCGGAAGGAUGGGCGGAAGCCGAGCGCGUACAUCGCGGACACGACGACGGCGAACGCGCAGGUGAGGACGCUGGCGGAGACGGUGCGGCUGGACGCGAGGACGAAGCUGCUGAACCCCAAGUGGUACGAGGGGAUGAUGGGGAGCGGGUACGAGGGGGUGAGGGAGAUCGAGAAGCGGCUGACGAACACGGUGGGGUGGAGCGCCACCUCCGGUCAGGUGGACAAUUGGGUGUACGAGGAGGCCAACGACACGUUCAUCAAGGAUGAUAAGAUGCUGCAAAGGCUGAUGGAGACGAACCCCAACUCGUUCAGGAAGUUGGUGCAGACGUUCUUGGAGGCCAGUGGGAGGGGGUACUGGGAGACGUCGGAGGAGAACUUGGAGAGGCUGAGGCAGUUGUACUCGGAGGUGGAGGACAAGAUUGAAGGGAUUGAGAGGUGAUAUCCUGAUGGUGGAAAGGAGAAAAGUAUCUGAAUUUUAACAACAUCUCAUUUGUAAAAUUUGUAAUGGUAUGCUAUAUGCGAAGGAUGGUAGGAGUUUCUUGGUUCUGAAAUCUGAAGUGGAAUUGGAUGUAAGUUUCCUUCCAGAUUUUUAAGUGGUUUAAGAAAAGGGCAUUGCUUUUUUUUUUUUUCCUGUACAUGAGACAGGAUCAUCCAUUUCGGAGAUAGAUGGCUUUUUUCAAU